GAGACGCGGUUUAACGAAUCGGUAUGCGCACUUUUAGGAAACUAUCCAAUAAGCGAGCACGGGGCGGGACUUAAGAUUAGGUUGCGUUGAAAGAGAAACGGAGCUGAAGAUUUAAAGGAGAAGAGAGAAGGUUUUGUAGUAGUUAUCUUGUGAAUUUAAAACUUGUUACAUUUUUAUCAAUUUGAAAUAAUCAAAUGCAAUAGGCGGGUUUGGGGGAGUCAGCUUUUGGUCGAAAUGUCGAUUCAGUUCGAGGAGCCGCUGGCGGGGAGUUACGGGGUAGUAGACUCUUUCCCGAAAGAUUUUGGGUAUGGGGUGGAGGAGGCCGAUAUUGAGGAGAGCUCGGCUCCUUCGGACAGCAAACCCCGAAUACUGCUUAUGGGGCUCCGCCGGAGCGGAAAAUCGUCCAUACAGAAGGUGGUAUUCCAUAAGAUGUCCCCAAACGAAACCCUGUUUUUAGAAAGCACAAACAAGAUCUACAAAGAUGACAUAUCCAGUAGUUCUUUCGUCAAUUUCCAGAUCUGGGAUUUUCCUGGACAGGUGGACUUUUUUGAUCCAACGUUUGACUAUGAGAUGAUCUUCAGGGGAACUGGAGCAUUGAUAUUUGUUAUUGAUGCACAGGACGAUUAUGUGGAAGCAUUGGGAAGACUUCAUCUCACAGUGUCCAGGGCAUACAGAGUCAAUCCAGAGAUCAACUUUGAAGUUUUUAUUCACAAAGUGGAUGGCUUGUCGGAUGACCAUAAAAUAGAAACCCAAAGAGACAUCCACCAGAGAGCCAACGAUGACCUGGCAGAUGCUGGCUUAGAAAAGCUGCACCUUAGCUUUUACUUGACAAGUAUCUACGACCACUCGAUAUUCGAAGCUUUUAGUAAAGUUGUACAAAAGCUCAUCCCGCAGCUUCCGACGCUGGAAAAUCUAUUAAACAUCUUUAUAUCGAAUUCAGGAAUCGAAAAGGCAUUUUUGUUCGACGUAGUCAGUAAAAUCUACAUCGCCACAGACAGUUCUCCUGUGGACAUGCAGUCUUAUGAGCUGUGCUGUGACAUGAUAGAUGUGGUCAUAGAUGUUUCUUGUAUUUAUGGUCUAAAAGAAGAUGGCAGUGGAAGUGCCUAUGACAAGGAGUCAAUGGCAAUUAUUAAACUCAACAACACAACAGUCCUCUAUCUAAAGGAGGUGACAAAGUUUCUUGCACUGGUUUGCAUUCUAAGGGAAGAAAGUUUUGAACGCAAAGGUUUAAUUGAUUACAAUUUCCACUGUUUCCGCAAAGCCAUCCAUGAAGUUUUUGAAGUUGGUGUGAUCUCCCAAAGAAUAGGCAGUCUACAAGAAAUUACACCAAACCUGAAAGCAGUGACUCACAAUGGCACACCUAGGAAUGCAGUGUAGGAAGAAAUCAGACAGGCAUCUAUACCAACCCUGUCUUCAGUCCAAAGCCACAGACAGACCACAGCCUUUUACAAGAGUGCUAACUAUUAAUGGAAAUACAAAUCUGUUAAAGUGGUGCUCAUUCAGUGAAAUGAAGCACUUUGAUAACUGCUUUGGAUCAUUGUGAACUGUGUAACAAAAAAAAACAAAACUUUAAAGGCCUAACUACUGUAAAUCGCUAUCUAAGGAGUACCAUUUGCAGGUCAAACAGCAAAGACCCUUUCAUCUGAGAAUAAAUGACUGGUUCAGUUUUUUUUUUUUUUUGAAUUGCAAGUAAUAUCCCAUUAGAUUAAAAGGGAAAACAAUUUCUGCACCCUUGUGAAAAAAAACAAAAAGGUAAAAGCAGUAUGAGUAAUGGUAUAUUGUCAAGUGACUGUUGCAUACCGUAUGUGAUGCCUGUUGAAAAAUAGUUUGCAGGUGCAAAUAUUAACCCUUUGUCUCUGGUUCAGUAAAAGAAAGUCAGUAAAAGAGUGCAAUAAGCAGCUUAUUAAUUCACACCCAUUUUUGUUUGCUUUUGGGGUUCAUGUCAAAGUUGGCAAUUCGCAAUGCUGCAGUUUUGCACAAUAGGUGGGAUGGAUAUACCACACAAAAAAACCCCAAACGCACAGGAUGGGCUAGUGUAACUUAAGUGGAAUUGAUGAGCAAUUUAUUGAGGAUUUCUCUAUUCCUUUUUACUUUCUUGUGAUCCAAUGUAAAAAAAAAAAAAAAAAAAAAAAAGUCUAACAAACAAUUUAAAAAAACGAUAAAAGGGUGAUAUGAGCUGUAAAGGGAUUAAAAACAAACAAAACAAAUGUUCUUAAAUGGUUUUGUAUUAAUUUAACAUGUUAAAAUUGAGUUUACUGUAAAAUUAUAAGCCUCCAGAAAGAUGACCAAAAUAAUUUGUAGUAUCUCCAUAACCACAAGAAAAUGAGCUCAGUAAGUUUAGGUUUUUUGUCUUUCAUCAUGAUCCUAGUGUUUUUUGCCAAACGUUUUGCCUUGUACAAAAAAAAAAAAAAGCUCUUGCACAUGUAAUUAGGGUACUAUGUUUUGUUUGUGACAGGAAAAAACAGUCAGAUAGUGGGACCCAUUUAUAAAGCUUUUACUCAAGAGCUAUUAAAUUGUUUUUAUUAAUACAGAUUUUCAUAGAACUGUUGCAAACAGUUGAUAAAAAGCCAACAGCAGUCUAGAGGAGUUUUCAUGAAUAUCAAAUUGUAUUUUAGUCAUAAGAAGUUAAUGCUUUGUGAAUGAGGCCCAUAAUAGAAUCCACUUUGUUUCCCUUGUGUGCUACAGACUGUUCUGGUUUGUAUUUUAUAUACUUUAUCACUGAGCUAAAUGGGUGUACAUUUAUAAAACUGUCCUUCAAAUCCAUUUCUCUGAAUAAUGUUGGUACCUGUUUUCAGAUUGAAUGAAAACAUGUUGCAUCCAGAGACUAGUAAAAGUGAUAUUUGAGUUUAAUCAAAUGAUUCAUACAUUGGCAAUAUUGUUUGCAGAUAGUCCUUUUUUUUGUGUGUUUUGUUUUUAAUUGUAAAAUAUGAUAAAUCUAUAAAUUGUACCAUAGUUAUCAUCAUACCCUUUUUUUAAAGAAAUGAAAAUAAAAAAUAGUGGACCUGGGAUUUAUUAUUAAAUUUAAUCUAUAUCUCAGUGGAGCAGAUGAUAAUGGUUUUAGUGUUGGUAUUGAAAAAUCAAGGUUAUUUUGCAUAGAAGACUUUUUUUUUUUUUUUU